GUUCAGUUGAUUUUUAUUCUGUCUUCCAACCUAUAUUUUUGAAAUCCAACAUAAGCACCAAAGAUAGAUAAGCUUGUUGUCGUGUAGCCCCCACGAUUUCCAAGCUCCGAGUGCAACCUGAAAUCUAGAAGCUCCAUCCCAUCACAUCAAAAAGAAGCACUGGGCACUCAGUCACUACCUACACUGCACUGCACUGCACUGAUUUAUAGGUUCCCCACCUUGAUUAUCUAAUCCGGUGUCGGACAUUCGAUCCAUCGCAGCACUCACUACACGCGCGACUUGCAACCGCAACCCGAAUUGCAGAUCAUCUGGGUAACUCAGACCAUUGGCGACCCGAAGCAAACGAAACGGCAUAUCCUACAGAGCCCUUCACUCACGCCACCGUCGCGCGCUGCUGACCCUAUUCUUGCUUCGGUUUUCUCUUUUUCUUCAUCUGUUGGCGUUCUUUGCACUUUGUAGUUUGUUGUCAAUUGUUCCCAAACCCACAAGACAAGGCUGCUAUCUCGCCUCGUCCCGCUGCCAGCCUAACCCGCCUUGAUCCGACGACCACCCCUCCGGUUCCCUGCACCCCCAACCGGCAAAAUGUCGGAACCACUGAGCGCGGCCGACGAGGAGCGGUACACAAACAUCAUCGAUGGCAUUCUCCAGACGGCGGACCUCCAGACGGUCACCAUGAAGAAGAUUAGGAAUGGUCUGGAAACUGCGCUCGAUGGCAAAGAUCUAUCUGAACACAAGCAAGCCAUCAAAGCUCUCAUAGGUGCAAGGUUUGACGCAGCAACUGCCAAUAUGAUGGAGAACCCCAACGAGCCUACUCCGGCGGCCUCAGAAACGCCAAAGCGAGACUACGAUGACAUGGUCAACGGCAACGGCACCGCCGUCAAGUCCGAAGAGGACGAGGAAGAGGAAGUGGAGGAUGACGAGGAUCAGGAAGGAGGCCAAAUAAACGUCUCGGUGCCACCUCCAAAGAAGAAGCAGAAACGCGAGUCAUCCACCGAGUCGGCCGACGAGAAGUUUGCCCGGCAGCUGCAGGCAGAGGAGGAGCAGAUGGCGAGGGUGCGUACCACGCGCGGCGGCAGGGACAAGAAGGCAGCGCCUAAGAAGAAGGUGACCAAGAAGAAGAGCAAAGCCAAGGUCGCCGCCGAUGACGAUGAAGACCUAUCUGGUGAUGGAACACAGAAGCGCAAGGCCGGCGGAGGGUUCCAAAAACCUUUCCAUUUGAGCGCGUCGCUGGCCGAAGUGUGCGGAGAGCCUACUCUUUCUCGACCCCAAGUUGUCAAAAAGCUCUGGGAGCACAUCAAGGGCAACAAUCUUCAGGACCCAAACGAUAAGCGACAGAUUCUUUGCGACGAAAAGAUGCAAGCCGUAUUCAAGCAGAGCAGCUUGAAUAUGUUUGCGAUGAACAAGCUGAUCGGCAGCCACCUUUACCCUGUCGACGAGGAAUAGAACGCGACCGAUUUCAGAUUCCUCUUCUAUACCCCUCAUGCUGUAGAGUCACUCUUCAGCUGUUAUUUACAUUUUCAUUUUCUUCCUUUCUACACUUCGUUUGAUGGUUGGUGCAAAGGGUAGCCGCGAGGGAAAAGCAAACUGGUACGGCGUUUCAUGGCUUCUUCCGUGAUUUUCUGACAUAUUAUAGCCUCCUCUACUCUUUUCCUUUUUCUAUGUUUUCCUAGCUGUCUUCUUGCCCUUUUUCGGCUUCUGUUUCCUUUACUGUUUUUUUUUUUUUCCUUUUUUCUUUCUUUGUGGAGUACCAUUCUGGCG